CUCUGCAACACAUUGCACAACCGAACAUACAACGUGUGGUUAAUGCUGCCGGAAUCGUCUUCUCGUCGUCCCUCCUACACUCCGUACAAGAAGUGCAUCCGCUGCGUGAAAUGGCGUUAGGCUUGUCCAAGAAGAAGGCUGCUCCAGCCGGAGCCAACACUACUACAAACUCCACCUCUGUCAAGGAUGACAGGUUCUCCAACGAGAAGGACUAUGACCCCGAGGCGGGUGUGGCCGGCGAGCCUCGUCUCGGCAGGGUCACGACACCUGCUCUGGGGGACGACAGCAGCGGUAAUAGCAUUACGGUUGGCAAGCAAAUGGAGAUGGAGGCCGAGAAUGCUAUCAAGUACCGCACUUGCAGCUGGCCGAAAACUGCAGCUCUGCUGUUCUCUGAGUACAUUUGUUUGGCUAUCAUGUCGUUCCCGUGGUCGUACUCUUUGCUUGGUCUUGUGCCGGGCUUGAUCUUCACGGUCUUUAUUGCUGGUUUGGUCCUCUAUACGUCCUUGACCACCUGGCAUUUUUGUCUGCGCCAUCCUGAGAUCAGAGACGUAUGCGACCUCGGACAAAUGAUUUUCUGGAAUAAGCCCUGGGCCUUCUACUUCACCGCCGUCAUGUUUCUGCUGAACAACACGUUCAUUAUGGCACUACAUUGCCUUACGGGCGCUAAGUGGUGGAACACGAUAACAGGCCACAGCAUCUGCACGGUUGGAUUCUCAGCCAUCACGGUAACUAUCUGCUGGUUCGCCUCGCUCCCUCGAACGUUCUCGACUCUCGCCACUAUUGCGACUUUCUCCGCCUUCUUCACGUUCAUCUCCGUGGUCCUGGCUAUGGUCUUCACUGGCAUUGAAGGACACCCCGCCGGUUAUCCGGAAAUGGGCGACCCGCAAGUUUUUGCGACUCCAGGUCCUGACACCACGUUCGUCAUGGGCAUGAGCGCUUUCCUAAACAUCAGCUACACCUUCAUCGGCCAAAUCACCCUUCCCAGUUUCAUCGCCGAGAUGAGAGAACCCAAGGACUUCCCGAAAGCACUCUGGGCCGUGACCAUUUGCGAAAUCAUCGUCUUCGCCCUGGCUGGUUCCAUCAUCUACGUCUACACUGGCACCCAGUACAUGACCGCGCCAGCUUUUGGCUCCAUCUCAAACGAGACGUACAAGAAAGUCGCCUUCACAUUCAUGGUGCCCACGAUCAUCUUCCUGGGUGUCCUCUACGCCUCAGUGUCCGCGCGAUUCAUCUUCUUCCGCAUCUUCGGCGGCACGCGGCACAUGGGCAGCCACACGGUUGUAGGCUGGGCCUCGUGGGCCGGAAUCCUCGCCGUACUCUGGAUCUUCGCCUUCAUCAUCGCAGAGGUGAUCCCGUUCUUCUCCGAUCUGCUCUCGCUCAUGAGCUCGCUCUUCGACUCCUUCUUCGGCUUCAUCUUCUGGGGCGUGGCGUACAUGCGCAUGAGGCAGGCUGAUCACGGACCGGGGUUCUGGAAAAAGCGCGGAAUGAGGGGGUAUCUUGGGUUCUUCUUCAAUCUUGGCCUGUGCUUCAUUGGCGUGUUCUUCCUAACCGUGGGGACGUAUGCUACGGUGCAGUCUAUUAUCGAUGGGUAUAAGACUGCGAAUUUUGGCGGGCCGUUCAGUUGCGCGAGUAACGGGUUGUAAGCGAGUCACCACGACGAUGAUCGUGUGGGGGGUUUGCUGGGAUUCAAAAACUGUUUAUGUAGGCGUCUUGUAUACCCUAUGAGAGGAGUUAUGGCUUUAAUACACAAGGAAAUGGACUGGGAAAGAGGGGACACGGAAAACUCGGAGCAUACACACGGUCUAAUCAAGAGAAUCUGGAUAUGAAAACAAUGGAAAUAAUCUUCUAUGAAGACAGUAGAUCAUUAUUAAUAAGAUGAAUUGCCUCGGAG